GACUAUAAAAAGGUGAUUAAACUUAAGAUUUAUAUUUUAUAUCGUAUUAAUUAAAUAUGGAUGAUCACUCAUCACCAGCGAUAGAAAUUCUGAAAUGUGCUCUACCAAAACUUCAAAAACCUGUAUUGUUCCGGAAUAUGUUGCGAAACUCCGAUGGUUCAUAUGAAUGGAAAUUACUCAGAUGGAGUUUUUCAGAUCUCGUUGAAAAAUUCGGAGACCAAAAAUUACCAUUCCGAACUGGCGAUUAUAAUAAGUCUUCGUAUACUCUUCAGCAUCAUCAUCAACGCAUAAGUUCUAUAAAAUUUUGUGAACUGACACUGCAAGAGUUUUUUAUGGCAACAGGUGAUAUGACAGAAGAAGGAUAUGAUAAAUGGCUUUAUUGUGAUUACAAACACAUGACAGAGUUUAAAGACAAGCCAGAAAUUAUUGAGUCUUUUAAUUGGCUCAAAUUUGGAGUUGAUAAAGAAUUUGGGAAAAAUGGAUUGCGUUCUACUAUUUGGAUCGGAAGCAAAGGUGCUCAUACAGAUUGCCAUUGGGAUACAUAUGGUUACAAUUUGGUGGCACAAAUACAUGGCAGGAAGCUAUGGUUGCUUUAUCCACCGAGUGAUUCUCUGAUACCAGUUAGGAUUCCUUAUGAAGAAUCAACUGUAUAUAGUAAAUUUAAUUUUUAUUCUUUGACUAUGGCAGAAAAAGAUCUUUUACUCAAAAUCGCACAUAAGCCAAAAUUAAUAAUCCUUGAGCCUGGAGAUGUUCUAUUUGUGCCUAAUGGCUGGUGGCAUUAUGUGGAAUCUUUGGAUAAUAUUAAUGUGAGCGUCAAUAUAUGGGGAAAAUUAAAAACUGACAAUAGAGCACGAGUCGAGGAAGCUCUUGUUAAAUUAAUAGUAGCCAGGAUGAGAAACUAUAAGCAGUUAAAAAAUAAAAUUGAAUAUGUUGUUACUGAAUGCAAGAAUGCAAUACAAGAAGAGGCAGAGGGAAAAAAUGAGAAGACGGAAUUAUCUCUAGAAACAUCUUCAAAAAGAUUCAAACCUACUAUAUGGACUGCAGAAGAUUUAGCUGAUCAGUAUCCUAAUUACAUUGAAGUGUUACGUGAUGCAGAAGAACAUGAGUUUAAAGAAUUCAUUGAAGAAAGACUAAAAAAGGAUAAACAAAAUAUUCAUCGGACGAAGAAACUACAUCCAAUGAUUAUAUAUCCAAUCAGCAUGAUUCAUUUUUAGAAUCUCUUACUAAUGCCUUAUGUCAUCCAGAUGUUAUCAGUAAAGCAACACAAGUAUUAUUAGAAAGAUAUUGAAUA